AAUCGCUGACAGUGCUGAGUGGCCGUGCUCGCUACCGAGUGCCACCAGUGCGCCUCCGACCGCGACGUAGAGCGCCACGACGUCGUACAUCGAUCUUAUUUUCUACCGCGAAAACAAACUCACGCAAUUAUCUUGCAGCGAUAACACGAUAGAACGCGCUAUCAGUUCGUGAUAUCUAGCCAGUGUGAUAAGAGAUAAAAGGCGAAGUGGUCGACGCCUGUUUUCUGUGUUUCCUAUUAUGUAAAAGUUUAUAGUGUCGGUAAAAGAAAAUAUGACUACCAUGGCGGCUCCGAAAAAGACGAUCUCGGUUUACGACUACCCAGAGCAUCUAAAUCCGUUCCGAGAAGAAGAUAAUCAUAAUAAGAUUAGGUUCUGGACGAUCGGCCGCAAGAGUAGAUCAAACAGUAUCAGCUUUACUGGGAUCAAGGAGUUAAAAAAUUCGUGGUCCUUGCGGUCGUUUAUGAAAAAGGGGAAAAAAGGUGAACAAGUACAAACAUCAACACAAAACCUGAAGCCUAAUAACCACGUAAAUGGCGAUAGCAGUCCGAUUGUGUUCAGGCGAGCUAUGCAAUACUCGUCGAUGUCCAGAAGCACAGUCGGCUCACCGGAACGGACGGACCGCUACGUGUAUGGUGGGUCCGUCACGCCUCUACCACGGUCGCGGUUUCAAGAGCGCUUGCGUAGCUCACAACAAGACAUUAAUAAUUCACCUAGUGCAACACCUCGCAUGGCACGCAGUGACAUAAUGGGAUCUAGAUUGAGUGUAGCCAGCACAAAUCCUUUCGACGAGCCGCCAGUCCCACCCGUAAGAGCAUCACGACGUAAAAAGAACCGAGCUCCGCCACCUCCUCCGUCGGCAAAUUCCAGUACAGUUACUAACGAAUCGGUUAAUACAAGCGUGGAUUCUGAACUUCGAAUCACAGAAACUGCAAAUAAGACUAAAGAACGUGAUGAUGAUAUUGAUGAAUUAAACCUUAAAAUAGAACUGCGAAUAGUUGAAGACGAAGACAAGAAAAUAGCGGAUAAUGCGACGGUUUCUGAGGUUGACAAUAAUGCAAACGAAAAAAUUAAUACCGAACAAUUAGAUGAUACUGCAAACCCCGCCAUCGAAGGUGACCAAGGUGACGUAAAUGACUCUAUAACGGAACGAGAAAAACUAACUAAUGCAGAAUCCGAAGACGAUAUCCUGAACAAAGUAUCGUUCUCUAAAGUCAAUAUAUCCAAGUAUCGAAGAAAUUCAAGUGUUAAUGAAGAUGACAUAAGAUUACGGCGUGGAAAUUUAGAGGACUUCAGUCUUUCAAAUAAAAGGUGCAAGAGCUUAACAAAUACCAUGGACGGAAAUUACAUAAUUUAUGAUAUAAAUUUAAAUGAUAGUAAAAGCAUUGACGUUAACAGUAACGAAGAGCCACAAAAAGUAAUAUGUAAAUUAUAUGAUGAAAGAAAACAAAGCAUUGAUAAUUCGGUAUCAAGUACAGAAAAGGAAUUCCUGGAGAUAGAUAAAGCUACAAGAGAAUUGGAAAGAGAGAUAAGUAAAUUAAAUUCUGCCCUGCACGAGGACGAUUUGUCUCUAGGUGAUGGGGGCAGGCUUUCGGUUUCUGAUAUAAAACGCAAAUUCGAUAGGAAUGACAUGUCGUCCCCCAAUCCUAUACCAAAGCCCAGACGAAGUCAUUACGGGGGAUCUAGUUCACCGAUCAAUAACAAUUCAGAAUCGUAAUCUGAUACCGACUAAAAGUUAUUAUAAUUGAAAAUGUAUUUUAAUAUCUACUACUAGUUGUUGGAUCUCAGGUGUCAGAUGAAGUUAAUUUAAUGAGAUAGUAAUUUUAAUAUCAAAAUUUGUUAUACCUAAUUUAUUUUUGGGGGAUAAAAAUGUUGUUAUUUUUCUGAAAUGCGGUGCUAAUUUAAUAAACGAUACUAAAAAAAAUAGUACUAUUCUAUUAAUAUCUAUACAACUAUAAUGCUUAUACUCAAGUCGUGACCGUACCUAAUGUUAUACGUAAUGCAGACAAAUCAAAAUAGUUUAAGAACAAAGGAAUCCUGCGAAUACUUUUGUAUAGCAAAUAAUAUUAUGCUUAUCCCAAUUGUUUGUUUGUUUGUUUGGUUAUUUGCGGUACCUAUCUUAUAUAUCUUCUAUUACUCUACUAACUACUUGAUUUUUGGGAUGUUACCAUAAAGAAAUAUUACGUAGGUACGUAUUACGUAUUACGUAGGUAUUUAAAUUCGUUGUCUAUAAAAAUGGAAAAACUAGUUUUUCACACAUCUAGUCUCUAACAUAAGAGAAAUUAAAACUGAUUUCAAGCAUUUCAAAUUUGUAAUUUGGUUAGUAUUAAAAUAAAAAAAAUAACAAUGAAAAAAUAAUAUAUUAUAUACCUACACAAUACACAUAUAAUUAUGUUAUAUAUGUAUAUCAAUAAGACUAUUCGCUGACUUUCAAAUCUGGUGGCGGCCUAUGUAAUUUUGUAUUGGAGUCUGAGAAAGUUACACGUCAAUUAAUAAAUGUAUAUAGUUAUUUUGUAAACUUCAAAAUUAUAUUAUUAUGUAAACUAAAAUCAAUAUUAUGAUUGGUAAGAUUAUAAUACAGUUAAGCGUUGUUAAAUAAAAUACCAUUUUAUUUUGCCAUUUGUUAUAAAUAACUCAUGUUAAUAUCAUUAUAAUAUUAUGUAUCAUACAAGUUAGGUAAUUAACAAGGGAUAAAAGCAUAGCUCUAUAUUGUGAUAACAGUUUAUUUAUAAUAUUAAUAUAACGUUAUUUACUAUUUUCUGUUUAAAAUGUAAAGCAUAAUAACUACCUAUAAUAAUAGAUCAGGCCAUGCGAGAUAAGCCUUUUAAUUUUUUAGUUAAAGAAAAAUAAAGAAUAAUGUCGUUUGCAUUCCUUAUAGUCUAUUCCUCCUACUAUGUUAAAGAGGCAGAAGAAAUAAUUUAGUCUUAUUUUAAUAUUCGUCCUGAUGGGAUUUAGAAAAUUGAUCUAUUAGUUUUUGCACCUAAUGCGUAAUAGCAUCUAUAAUACCAAGCCGUAAAUAUGGAUUUAGCUCUAAAAUCUAUUUUUAUCGCCUUUCUUUCCUUUUGAUAUUUGAUUGUCGCAUUAAAAUAUUAAUUAUUUGUUAGUGUUUAAUAAUAAAAAAAUACCAAAGCAUUUAUUGCUAUGUUAGUGACAUUGUAGGGCUUUAGUUAAAAUAUUUAUAUUUUAAUUCAUUAAUCAAUAAAUGCAUGAUAAAUCAUAAUAAAUAGCACAAUGAUUGUGUGAUAUGUAAAAGAUUCCUAUUUAUAUUUAUAUUGUUGGGUUUUGUAACAUACACUGUUAAUAAAUAUAUUUUAGUUUGAAA